GUGGGUUCCUAGCAACUAGCAGGGUAGUGUUGCUAUCAUAGCAACAACAAAGGCCCACACAGCAUGGCGGAUGAUUUGGAUGCAUUGCUGGAUGAGGUGGAAUCAAAGUUCUGCCGCAAUGUUUCAGUGAUUUCGCCGUCUCCUUCCGAUAUUAAAGAGACCAAAAGAAAAACAGAGGGAAAAAGCCGAACGCAAUGUUCUACAAACCAAGUGCCACGUAAAAGCUUUGACGAGGAUGACAUUGAUUCUCUUCUGGAGGAUAUACUUGAUGAUGGUGACUCCCUCAAUUUAGAUAUGCCCAAAGCAACAAAGAAUGACUGUAAGAGUUCACUGUCACAGCCAGCAGGUAGAAGAUGUUGUCCAGUUUUUUUGGGGGGAAGCUCUGUAGCAACUGGUGUUGGAACGAGUACUUCACAAAGGGCUUGCAGUCAGCUGAGAUGCACUUCCUGUGACUUCCGUGUGAUGUCAUUUGACGAUCAUGAAUGGGACUCUUCUUGCGAUUACCUGUUUUUCAGGAACAACAUGCCCGACCGUCAGAAGCUACAGGCCAAGCUAAAGAGGAAGAGGACCUCGCGAGCAUACGCCUGCCAGUGCAGCUGGCGCUCCACACUCAUCCUCACGGACCUGAGGGACCAGCCCGAGCUCAAGUGGGUCUGCGGGAAGCACGAGUCUUAAGGGUUCACCACAGUGUUUGGGGGUAUCAUGCUGGGAUUUUUUCAAAAUAACGUUUAACUGCUGAUCUCUUUUGUGUAUAUGACAUUAACAUAAGUAGCAAAAACGAACAGAGAUUGCACCCCACCGCAAUACUCCCAUAAUAAGUACGAAAGCAUGGACAGUGAUUCCGUUCACAAGGGUCUUUGUCAGGAACUUGAAUCAAACCUUCGUCCGUGCUCACGUGCAAAUGGACUUUUCACAGGAGCAUCACAGGAGUGUGUGGGCUGUUUCUGUGUGUUCUUCAUGCUAUGUCCUUAGUCCUGACCCUGUGGCACAGUCGAAAGUGUGUGUGUCACGUGUUGUGUUAUGUUGCAUCAAAAAUCAUGUCAGACGUUGAUGAAACACCUUGACACAUGUUUUUGUAUUGGCAUAUAUACAGGGUCAGUUCCAGAUUGCUUACUCGGUUGCCUUGCUACACGAGAACUGCUGCUGUAAAGGCAGUGUGGCGCAGAUGGCAGUGAAUCUGAAGUAUGAAUCAUUGGUCAGGGCUGGAGCAGGCUUGCAGUAGCUCUGCUAAUGCAGUGAGUGAAUGCUAGCUGUUGUAUCGGGGGCCCUUCUGACAGGCCAGGGUCAUUGUGACCGCCUGUUAUUUUCAAUGGGACGCUUGCCACUGAGAAUCUUGAAACAAACCACAAGUUCACGUGGUCACACUGCGACCAACUUUUCACCACAUGGGCGCUUGACAUAGUAAUGCAUAACCACAAGGGCUAUAGUGUUCUCCAUUGGUGUUUUGGUGAUCAGCUGCUGGUGAUGUCUUGCUGGUAAUAUCGCCCUAGAAAGGACUGGACAUAGCAACUGCCUAUCUGCCUCUGACAAAUAGCUAACCUAUUUCAGAAGCAGAUGACCACGACCAAUGAGAAUGGUCCCUUAGUUGGGACCCUGACAAUCCUGUAACUGCUUUCCAAAACACUGACCUAUAGAUUCAGUCAAAUGCACCAUUUUAAAGGCGUAUGCAGUUUAAUCAAAUCAAACUGAAGUUUUUUUUUUGGCUCAAGGAAGUUGAUCAUGAUCAUAGACUGAAAUCUCAAGAAGAGAAACUAAAAAGAGGAAAAGGCGCUGCCUGAGGACUGUGGUGCUCAGGUUGGAGGCAUGUGAGCUUGCCUGUUUUAAAGAAUCUGUUUGUCUCCAACUUUACAAUUCUCCCUGUUUUAGGACAUACCAAAAGAAGUUUUGAAAAAUAAGUGAAUGGAGGAUUAUCAUCACAGUUGAGCUGUGCGACAUGUAAGGAAUAAGAUGAUUGAUUUUCUUUUCCUACUCUUGUCUUUAAUAUUUGAGGUAUGCAGAGUAUAGAAAAUAGUGGGAUUUGGUAUUUGUGGGACAAACAUUCCACUUUUGACUUAAUGGAAAGUGUUGCUCUUGUGAUGAGAACACUGCUCCUAGCGUCAUAGCUUUGACUCGUUAUUGAAUGCCGAUCACCACAAUGACCUCUUUGAACUGUGAAGAAAAACACUUUAAUCGUGAGACAAAUGUGUGAAUCCUGACACCUUGAAUUGAUGUUGUCAUAUAAAAUCACAUGAUACUUUUGACCCAUUAACUGCUGUUGACUGAUCUAACAGACAUAUGACUGAAUUCUUAGCUGAUAGAAAGUUAUUUUAAUACUGUGACAGACUGGUUGAGUGAUGUAAAGGGCCUGUCUUUUAUUUGGGUCACAAAGCUAAAGGCCAGUUCAGGUUAAAUCUUCAACAGUCAACAAGAAGGUUGUAAAAUGUUUUCAGAAGAAAUUGUAUAGAGCGUGAACUAUCCAGUUUUAGACUGUCUGAUGUACCUUCGGCGAUUGAACAUGUGACAGUUUGAAUCCAGGGGUAAAAUUAAAAUGAGCUGAUCAGCUGAACCAACUUUUAGCUCCUUGUUACAGAAAGAAUCAUGUAAUUUUUUGCCCAUGUAUUACAGUUUUUUAUGAUUGCUUUGACUCAUUUUGCACAACAGAGUUUCAGUGUGCAAAACUCUUAACACAGAAUGCUAUACUGCUCAAUUUGGGUUCAAAAUGUAAUAUAGCAUGCAAAAUAAAAAUACCAGUGUCAAAUCAGAGAAUAUUAUAUGCUAAAGUUUAUCACAGCACCAGAACAUUAGGUAUUUAAAACAAUGAAGUUAAAUCAUUGCUGCAUUUUCAAUAUACAACAGUCAUCAUCAAAUAAUGCUGCCAAACACGCAAUCCUUCUGAUCAAAAGAGAGUUUGAAAGUGUUCUUUGGUCAUAAAAUGCUAUACUCCUAAUCUUGGGCUCAAAAUUAUAUAUAGCAUGCACAAUAGAAACAACUGAACCAAAUUAGAUUGUAUUUCAUGCUAAGGUUUAUCAUAGUGUCAGAACAGUGGAAUAGUUUCAUCGUUGAAGUUUAAUUAUUGGUGCAUUGGUGCAAAUACAAUGGCCAUUAUCAAAUAAUGCGGUCAAACACAAAAUACUUGUUAGCAAAAAAGACUAGUCCUCGUAAGUACUUGAAAUUAUGUACAGCAAGCAUCCCCUGUGAUAGACUGCAGUAUAGUGCUUGUGUUUUUAUGAAAGACAAAAUAUUAGAUUAGAUUAUAUGAAGUUUAAACAUUAAAGAAAAAUCAUACAGUAAUGCUGUACUGUAAACUCAACUGUAUUGUACAGUAAAAACAAAAACAACAGUAAAGCAAAAACAGUUACACAACAAACUUUACUGUAAAGUAAAAAAAAAACUGCUUUUCGGUGCUUAAGCAGCAUUUUGCCUGUCCGCUGCGUUUGGCCACAGAAUUUCGUCGACGUCGCAUCUGAUGUCUUCGUUGGCAAGACAGCGCAGGUGAAAUCUUUUAGAGUGUCUUAUCCACCCCCGACACUGCUGGGCUGUAAUUUCAUUGCAUGCCUCAUCCAUGUCCUGAAGGAGCGUUGCCUGCUCAUAUGGACGUCUAUCAUAUACCUUCCACCUGAAGGCUGAGAAAAACUCCUCGAUGGGGUUCAGAAAGGGGGAGUAAGGUGGUCACAACUGCUCUUCUGCCUCCUUGGCUACGACUGCGACCCCGUCCAUGACCACGAUCCUGUUCUUCGUUACCAACCUCAACCUCACCGGCCUGCUCUAUGCUGUCAGAAACUGCCAUUCAGGUUUCUAAGCAGCCUUUUAUGUAGUGGUGAAGAGAUUAUCAAUUGUGUUACAAUGCUACUCACCUGGGCAAGGUUGUUGGAAGUACUGAGACAUGACUACAAACACCUGUUGAAUUGAUUUAGUGAUCUGCAUUUGUAGCAAUAAGCAUUUGAACAUUGUUGUAAUAUUAGGUGGCUGUAUUCUGAGAAUGGAGCAUAUGAUUUAGAGUUUGGCACUUUCUGUUAACAGUUUUGCAUUUUGUAUGUCAGCAUAGGAUGCAGUGUCUUAAGGUAAGAAUUCUGCAAGUCAGUUUAGCACCUUGCAUUAACAGUUUUGCACUUUGUAUGUCAGCAUAGGAUGCAGUGUCGUAAGGUAAGAAUUCUGCAAGUCAGUUUAGCACCUUGCGUUAACAGUUUUACACUUCGUAUGUCAGCAUAGGAUGUAGUGUCUUGGAGUAUGAAUUUUGAAAGUCAGUUUGGCACUUUGCAUUUUGAGUUUUGUACAUUGAAAUUUUGCUGUGCUAAAUGAGUCAAAGCAAUCGUAAAAAACUGUAAUUUGUAACUGCAUAGCCUUAGAAACAUAAAUGUUUUUUUUUGUCUUUUUUUUUCAAAAAUGGCUAUUCCCAUCUUGUGUAAUCUCACAGAUUUGAUCUGAACUGGGCUCCAGUAAAGGAGUCUGUUCACUCCUUAUUUACAUUGUUUUGGUGAAAUUCUGUGUGGUUGCGCAGUAUUCCUUUAGUCUGCUUGGAGAUCCUCAGGUGAAAUGCGCCACAUGGAGUGAGUGCAGGCUUUUUUCUAUCAAUGACCCAGUCAAACUUGUGAUUGGUAACACUACACGAAGGUUACAGUAAUUACAGUGAAUUACUGCAUUAAUUACAAUUCACAGUUUAGCAGGUACUUUUAACCAAUGCAACUUACAAAAGUGCAUUUCAUGUAGUAAGAAAACACCUUAAGGUUACAUAGAAGAGCCACUGUCAUAUGUGCUUGUCUCAAGACCUGUGAGAUAAAGGGAGAUGGGUGCUAUUUAGGAGGAUGAGGACGGGGUUGAGUGACAGCUCAUGCUGAGUGAAGAGCCUCUGUGACUAUGUGGAGAGCACUCUCAGUGGAGAGCAGUAUUCAACAUGAAACCUGAUUGGUUGAGGUUGAGGAGGAUUAAUGGGGAGACAGUUUGUUGCAGACUCCACAAACAAGUUUUAUCAUCAGUGUAACUAUUGCAAGGUGUUACUGUUAAAUACAGAAAGAGUCCAAACAAUGAGUCUCUUGUAUGAAGGAGAUCAAUCAUUUGCACCUGGUUAUGCGGUGUUUGCAGGCAGUGGAUGGAGGUUCUAUAAACAAUGCUUUACGCUGUAAAUUUCCCACAGUAAAAUGCAAAGGCGGGAAAGGCAUAAGAUACUUGUAUUCUAAUAUUUAUAUUCCAUUCGUUUUUCACAAAUAAUUA